CCCAAUCAGUAGCCUCUUUCGUCGAAAAUUGAAAAAUAUACACUGGACCAAAAACUACAAUUGAAAAAUCAACCAUCGAUUUUCACUAAAAAGAGAAAACAAAAAUAAAUUAAAGAUUACGAACUGCAACUUAUCCUGCUCGAAGAAAGAAUCGUACAGUUUGGUUUAGAAGAUUUUUGUAGAUGGCAAGGAUCAAACCACAAGCUCUUCUGCAACAGAGCAAAAAGAAGAAGGGACCGAGCCGAAUAAGUGCCAUUACUAUUCUGCUAUGCGGCUUGAUUAUUCUAUUGUCUGUUUUUUUCUUGUAUUCUACGUACAGACAUUGGUCCCUAAGGUCAAGAAUCCAGGCUGAGAGUGGCAAAUCAUCAGAUUUUGGGGUUGAGGUCGAUCAUGCAUAUGUAGAAUCAAAGAAAUCCAAUAUCCCUGGAUAUGCUAUUUUAAAUACAUCAAAAGGCUUCAUUACAGUGGAACUCUUCAAGGAUGGUUCUUUUGAAGUUGUUGACAAGUUUGUUGACUUAUGUGAAAAGGGGCACUUCAAUGGGAUGCGAUUUCGUCAUGUAAUAAAGCAUUAUGUGAUUCAGGCAGCUGAUAGUGAUAGUCUUGGCGCUGCAGAAGAUUGGACAUUGAAGGGGAAACAUAACAGUCAACUUGAUACAAGUUUGAAACAUGAGGCAUUCAUGCUUGGAACUUCCAAGGCAAAACAUGAUGAUAAAAGAUUUGAGCUUUACAUUACAACUGCACCUAUCCCAGAUCUAACUGAAAAGGUUAUAGUUUUUGGACGCGUCGUUAAGGGAGAGGAUGUUGUUCAGGAAAUUGAAGAGGUGGAUACAGAUGAAUAUUAUCAGCCUAAAGCUCAUAUAAGGAUUAUUGACAUAACUUUGAAACAGGAAAUCUGAACUCUGUCCUGCUGAUUCAAACCUUUCCACAUUGCUCUAUUCCUCAAUUUCACCUAACAUUUUACUUGUUAUGACACAUUUGCGGACUCUGUGCACUGUAAGGCAUUACUCUCAGGGAUCUGCACAGUAGGGUUCAAGCUAUAUUUUAAAUUAGAUGUGUAAUGAUUGAUAUCAAUUCUGUUUUGGUGUUCUUUCUUCAGGCUGGAUCAUAAGAUAGGGCUAGUUUUGGUAAAGUUGUAAUAGAAUGUAAUCCAAUGUAAUCAAUUGCAUUUAUAGUAGUGUAACAAAUAUAGUCCUUACUCAAGUAUUGAGACGAGAGAGUAUUUUGCUGA